GCGCUGUUGAGAAGGGAAACAUGCAGUCUGCUUGGUUGGCCAGUUGCCUCGAGGAGAGACACUAGGUCCUGCAGCUUACAAGACGUGAUUCGAGCACUGUUUUGCAACCAGCUGGCAAACUAAGCGCACUUUACGGCUGUGAAGCAUGCCUUCAGGUUGCCUGACGUUGUUUAUCAUCAACAAAGCAGGAGGACUCAUAUAUACCAGGCAUUUCUCGCAGGACAUAGCACCGUUGAAUGUGAAUGAUUGCCUGCGACUCGCCUCGACGUUUCACAGCAUGCACGCGAUAGCCGGAAGACUUACUCCAGUAGGGCCGCCAACGGGCAUAGAAACUUUGGAAGCGGACAGCUUUCGAUUGGAAUGCUAUCAGAGCCCAACAGGAAUCAAGUUUCUUAUGCUCGCAGAACCAAAGGUUGUAGCCCUGGAUGCAUUGCUGAAGCAGAUCUACAUCAUAUUCUCCGACUACGUUCUGAAGAAUCCGUUCUAUGAGCUGGACAUGCCUGUGCAGUGUGAUCUCUUCAACAUCAAGGUGGAUGCUCUCGUUCAGUCCAAGUGAAACAUUGCAACCUCUCCUCUCCUCUGGUAUGUAAAAGUAACAGAACAGAAGGGCCAAGCAGCUUUCUGGGAAGUAGAAAGACUCAUCUAAGUAACUUUUUGUGAAGUAGAAAGAAUAUCUUCAGUCACUGUCUAGGUCUUGGGAGCUGAGAGAAUGUGGAACACAAUUUCUCCAAGGACUGAAUGCAAAAGGGUUAAGAGGGCUCUUGACCUAUUUCUGAAUAAUGUGAAAGC